AUGAUGAAAACCAGAAGUUAUUCGAUUCCUCUGACUCUGGAAGCUGCGAAAUCGAUCGAAGAGUGUUUUGCCAGCAAUAUUUUUAGAGUGAGUUCUAAAGUUAGGACUCAAAUUUCAAGUCUAAAUCGGAUUUUAAAUUUUUCUAGGUCGCUUCAUUUCUUCGAAUCAAUUUUGACACUCCCGGGCCAUGUCGAAAAAUAAAUUUUCUAAUAACAUUCAUCCUCUUCAUUCUCGGAAUCUAUACCGUAACAUACAAUGCCGGCGUCACAUUUUCCACUCAUCACGACACUGCUGAACUUGCAGCUCAACUUUUGAUUGUUCUUUGGGCAAUUCAAUCAAUCAUUUCUGGAUUGUUCUUGAUCAAUUGGCAAUUGAACGGCGAAUUCGCAUUUUUUCGACAAAUUUUAGCGGAGUGUCAAAAUUUGCGAGGAUUGAAGUGUGAACGUGGAAAAUCGAUGAUGAAAAGUUUGUUCAGAUUUUUUUCAAGAGAAAAAUGCACCAUUCUUUUUUUUUUACAGUAACCAAUCGUUAUUUCCAUUUUCAAAUUUUUGUAACGUGUAUGAUAACAUCUGCGUUUGCUCUAAAUUAUCAUUUCGAAGAUAAGCAUUCAGAAUUCAAUAAAAAACAGUCUUACGUAAGCUAUAUCCAUUAAGUAUCGACGGGAAAUCUCAUUAGUUCUUUUUCAGAUUUUUUAUUAUCAAGAACUUCGCCCGAUUUAUACUUUAAUAACAACAUAUUUAUAUAUUAUUUGGAAUAUGACAUUGUUCGUCUUGAUUUUAUAUACCAAUGCAACUUAUCUUGAAGUCAAAUAUUUCAAUGAGCAACUUGAACAAUUUGAUGGCUCAGAUGAUAGUUCAACGUGUCAACAGUUAAUAGAAUAUCUCGAAGUCUACAGUAAUCUAUGUACCGUAAUUCGGAAACUUGAUGUCAUUUUCAGAGUGAGCACUUACCCAUUCAUUUUCUCUGAAUUAGCAAACUGUUUUUUCUAGCUCUACACAUUCAUAAUGAUUGUUAUAACUGUUCCAUCAAUGAUUUUCACAUUGAUGAUGAUGAAUCAUCGAAUUCACGGAUUAUUGGAUUUAUUCAUGUGUAUGCCAACGAUUGCUUUGUGUGCAUUUAGCUUUUUCGCAGUCACAAUUUCUCCAGCAAGACUUCACGAUGAGGUUGUUCAAAAAGCCAGUUGAAUAUCAAUUCCAAAAUUUCAGAUAAAUAAAACAAAGGGUUGUAUUUGUCAAAACAAAUCAAUUUGGUUUCCAUAUCGAAAAGAAGUAUAUCUAAUUGCAAAUACCUUGACUUGUCAUAUGGAACAAUUCGAUCUUGGAGUUUCCGUCUGGGGUUUUGCCAUUCUUUCGAGGCCUUUGAUUCUGGGAGUGAGUUCUUCAUUUGCCAGUUCUGGAAAAAAUUCAAUUUCAGACCCUUUCUGCGACCGCAAUGAUGUUAUCUCUUCUCGCCGAACUCGCACCAAAAACUGAUCUUCUCAAUUUGUCAAACAAACUUUUCGCCAGAUAA